GCGGUGACUUGGAAUGUUUUGAUUAUUUUGGGCUGGGUUGUUCGUGGAAGAUGGGAGGAACCGAUGGACGCAAAAUUUAUCUUUUCUUACUACGUAACAUGUGAUGAUGGCAGUAAAAAGCAGCGUUCCUAUCCCAUCUAUUUAUUCCGAGCGCUGAUGUUCCCCAUGGAACUUUACUGCCCUUCCUAUGACUAAAUUUUGAAACUGACAGAAGGGCAGUUUUGAAGCGGAGAGAAGAGUGGACGGAAGGAGAUCUCGCAUGACUUGUUGCAAUGGCAGGCAGAGAUGAAGUGGAACUACUCCUCGUGUUGAAAGGCACUGUGGAGGGACUCCUCAUAUCCCAAGUGGCAAAUGUUUGGUCUAUAUAUGGAGGCCUUAAUCGCCUUCAUUGUGCCAUGGAGCGCAUUUUCAAGCAUGGUUUCCAAGUUUUAAGUCCAGAUGGUGAACCAGACUUAUGGGUAUUUAUAAAUGGUUUGAGCUGGCUCCAACCAAACCUGGCUACAUCACCAACAUUGGUUUUAGAAUCAUACAAAGAAUCGUCCCAUGUUCCUCAGCACAUCAUAAAAGAUAGGGCUCUCACAUGGCUCUAUAAAAGCCUGGAGACACAUACCUUGUCACAAAAGCUGUCUUGGCUGCUCUCUGAUAGAGAGCACCUUUUGUCAUGUUAUAAGAGCUCGGCUUUCCUUAGCCAAGAAAAAUUUGGUGAGGCUGCUCUUAUUUGUUUACGCGCAGUAGAGCAUAACCAACCCUCUUUAUUAACUGAAAUCAAUCCUUGUUUGUACAUGACCAAAUGGAACCCCAAGAUAUCAAAAACUCAUCGCAGAUGCUCAUCAUAUCCAGAGACAUUGGAACGCCACUCUUUGUGGGCUAAAACAAUCAAUAAGCCCGCAAUGGGGCUUAUCAACAGUCGGUGUGAAGAAGGACAAGAAAUCGACUGUUCACCUCCUUUUAAAAGUGAACUUAAUGAAGAAGCAGAAGACUCCUUACAAACGGAAGAUGCCACAAGUGAAGUUUCUGUUCCUCUCUCUCCACAAGCAGAAAUAGUGAAAAUUCAAGAACCAAAGCAGCAGGAACCUCUGAAAAUAGGUUUGGACAAAAUUAAAGCAUGGAACAGUUUACCUAAUCUCUUAGACAUUGGUUCAAGUGGAGAGCCAAACGAUGAUGAUGCGGCUGCUAGUGGGAAGGCAUGGCUUCUAACUCGAAGUAACAGUUCCAGAUCGAGCAAAAGUCAUAGUGGGUCUCAGACUCUGCCCUCCACCCCUUAUCGCUCAACUAAGAGUGUUUCCCAUAGGUCGUCAACUGCGGAAAGUGGGUUGGUUAGCUCAAGUAAUUCAUCAGUUGUGUGUAAAUUGUCACCUAGUGUUAUCCAAGUUGAUUACUCGGGGCUGCAACAUUCCGACUCUCCAGAUACUCCGAAACAAAAUAGAUCUCUCACUUUGAAGAAAGGACACCACUCGAAGCAGUCUAUUUCUAAAUCUAUAGCUAAAAAUAUUAACAAAAAAGGAAGAGUCACCAAAGAGAAAGCAGCACCAGUGAGAGAUGAGUCAGAUACUGAGGGACCAAACCAUGCACAAAAUUUAGAGAAGGUUUCAGGAGCAGUACAAGACUCCUCAGACUCUGUGAUGAAAGGAAGACCAAAGAGUAAAGAAACUGCAAUCCCUUCAAAGAUGAGUCGUUCUAUGACAUGUGAUAGAAUGAUUCCUGAAAAGUCACCACCUUUAUUGUCUCCAAGUAGUGAUACGAGAAGACCAGAAUCUGUUUCAAGUAUUUGGGAAGGAAGUCGGACACCAUCCCUAAACAAUGCUGGUACACCUACAAGUUGGUCUCGGAAGACCUUCAUGGAAGAUGGCGGCAGUAGUGUGCAGCCAAUGUCCACUGGGUACUUCCCCAGGCCUGUCGAGGGUCAAAGCCUGUUUUCAUUUCUCUCAUCUGGGCAAUUUUCCAGGGCCAAUGCUGAACUUGAUAGAGAAAAUGCCCACUUUAGUAUUUCUGAAGCAAUGAUUGCAGCUAUAGAGCAGGUUAAGUGUAACAAGGAAAUCCCGGCUGUACCAGUUCAAGAGGAUGGAGCAGAUGAAUCUGAUGAAGAAAUAAUUCAUCUGACUCAACGACUGAGAUUACGCCGCCACCAACGCCAAGUUGAACAGCGCCGCCUUCUCUGGGGAGUGACUCUUUUAAGUGAUGGGAAAACGGAUACCACUACAACUGACCAAAGCAUCAGUCCGUUGUCAACGUCUCCAGGAACUCCAUCCGAUAGCAUUUCAACUGAUGGAGUUGAAGAUAUGGAGCUUGAUGACACUCAAAAUAUUUCAAAUCUUAAAGAUUCAGGCCUUUCUGUUUCGAUGGCAUCACUGUAUUCUGAGGCUGAACUCUCUAAAACGGCCACUAGUGCACCUUGUGAUCCUGGGAAUGCAACCCAAGAUUCAAAUUGGUCUGCUGAGAGUGUGGCACUUUCUCUUAUUAGUCGAUUUAAUGAGAAGCAACUUCCCAGGGCCUCAGAUUUGAAGUGGCUGGUUUCAGAGCAGGAGGUAGACCAGCAGCUGCUUCCUCUACCGAAGAGUUGGCCUGUAAGUCCAGAUGAAGUUGAUGAAGAUAUGCGUCAAGCAACACCAUUACGAGGCAACAUGGAAUGGGCUCCACCACGACCUCAGCUUAUAUUUACACUUCAUCCAAAUCCUGUGAGACGGACUCUUAUGGCAAAGCAAAGCUACCGUUGUGCUGGAUGUGGGAUGAAAGUGGCUCCUUCCUAUGCUAGUCGUUAUCGAUAUUGUGAAUAUUUAGGGCGUUAUUUUUGUACUGGUUGUCAUUCAAACCAGACUGCACCAAUUCCAGGAAGAGUCUUAGCUAAGUGGGACUUUGCUGGGUAUCCUGUGUCUAAUUUCUCAUAUCGUUUACUCGAGUCAAUGUAUACAGACCCAUUGUUUAAUGUGGCUGUUCUGAAUCCGGCACUCUACAGAAAAGCCAAAUCUUUAGAUCGAUGUAAGAAGCUGAGGCAACAAUUAAAUUUUCUGAAGGACUUGAUUUUUAAUUGCAGAUUUGCAAAAGAGCUACAAGAGGUUCUUGAACGUGAACCAAGUUACAUGUUCUCGGAAGUUGAUGUUUACUCAAUGAUGGAUUUUGAGCAAGUAAAGCAAGGUCGACUGGCUUCUCGACUUCAAACACUCUACACUCUUGGAAAUAAUCAUACGUCGAAGUGUGAGCUGUGUCUUGCCCGAGGAUUUGUUUGUGAACUGUGUACUUCAAAGGAGAUCAUAUUUCCAUGGCAGCUUACUCGUGUGACACGUUGUGCUGAUUGUGGUGUAUGCUAUCACACUCAGUGCUUACCACCUGCAUCAUGUCCUCGCUGUAAACGAAUAUCUGCACGCAAGAAACAUCUAGAAACUGAAUUAGCUGAUGAUGAAAUGGAUGCUUUUUCUAAUGAAUGAUUGCACAUUGAGGUAACUGUAAGACCAAUAAUAGUCAAUUCAUAUUUGUUUUAAGUGCUACUUUGAUAAUAUUUCUUUUAAGUACAUUUUUAUUUUUAAACUUGUAGUACCUGAAAUUUUAAGAUGAUCAUAUGCACAUUACAAGGUUUGUUUUUAGGUUUAUGAAGUUUGGCCAAGUUGGAUUUAUCUGUGUUUUUAAACAAUUUCAUAUUGUUUUGUAUUUUUUGUCAGCUCAUGAGGGGGCUCCCAUGAUCUGUAAUCGAUUUUUUACUCACAUUCUUGAUAUUUGUUAUUGCCAUUUGUUUCUCACUUGUUUCACAGUUUAACUUACAUUGAAUUAGGUGGCCAUUGACCUUAUCUUCAAUGUAAUUGCUGUUACAGCUUAAAGCUCCUCCUCCCAAAUCGCUUGAUUGUGCUUUGUCCUAAGAUAAGAUUCUUUACCCAUUUUGUAACUCCUCCUCUUCUGUUUGUUAAUUGUGGGAUGACUGAAAUCGGCAGGUUCAUGUAGAGAGAAAGAAAACCGCUGGAUUGAGGAGCAAUUUUUUGGGGCCAUAGUGUGUGAAUUGUAAGUCAGUAACAUUGUAGGGUUGUGCCACUUCCCAUUGCAAGAUUACUUUUGCUAAGUGUGUUGUAUGAAUUGGAGGAUUUGAUGGCACCAUUGAAGACUGAUAAAUUGUUAGAUUCUAGGAAAUUUUGAGAUAUUUUAUUAAAUAAAUGUAUUUGAUAUCUGUUA